AUGAAAAAUGUAUCUGAAGUGACAUCUUUUCAUCUGUCUGUUUACUAUGGAAUGGAGGACCUGAAGCCAAUGUAUUUCUGCAUGUUUCUGAUGAUAUACAUAACAACUGUUGCUGAAAAUGUAGCAUUAAUCAGUGUGGUCUAUCGUGAAAAAAGCCUGCAUGAGCCAAUGUAUUUGUUGCUGUGUAACUUGGCUGUGAAUGGUCUGUUUGGAAGCACUUCUGUGCUGCCAGCAGUACUAAGGAACCUACUGUCACACUCAUAUGAGAUAUCUCUACCGGUUUGCCAGACACAGAUCUAUGCUAUACACACAUAUGCCAUCACUGAAUUCACAAUUCUAGCAGUGAUGAGUUAUGACAGGUAUGUGGCCAUUUGUUAUCCGCUGUAUUAUCAUGUACUCAUGUCACAGAGAGUUGUUAAACUUAUUGUUUUUACGUGGCUUUACCCCAUGCUGGCAUUUCUCAUUGUUUUAAUUUUCACUGUUCAGCUAUGGUUUUGUGAGAGAACCAUAGAAAACGUGUACUGUAUUAAUUACUUACUGGUGAAACUUGCCUGUACAGAUACAACUAUUGUUAACAUAGUGGGCCUACUAUCCGUAGCCCUGUAUGUAAUUCCACAGCUUAUCAUGAUAUUUUAUUCAUAUGCACACAUCCUGAGGAUAUGUGUAUUUACACUGGGCAACUCCAAGGUCAAAGCUCUCCGAACCUGUACCCCCCACUUACUGGCAGUAAUCAUCUACACUAUCGGGUGCUUUAUUGAAAUUGCACAAACUCGAUUAAAUAUUAGUCACCUGUCUUAUCAAACCAAGUUGUUUUUAUCUAUAUACUUUUUAAUAUUCCCGCCCAUUCUCAAUCCAGCUAUCUAUGGUUUGAGUAUUCAACUCAUAAGGGCAAAACUGUUCAGGCUUUUCAGGAGAAAAAGCAGGCAAGUAACCAAUAAUGUAGCCAAGAGGGCCGUUGUUGCUGCACAUUAA